CUUCUUUGUUGAAGAGAUGUCUUCAGAGUCAGAAAAGGAUAAAGAGAGACUGAUUCAAGCUGCCAAAAUGUUCUUCUUUCAUGUACAAGAUUUUGCUUCUGUCACAAACACACUGACUGAGUUGUUUAACCGCAGUAUGAAUACUCAAAUCCUUUUGAUGGCUGUGAAAAACAAUAGUAACAUUAAGGAUUUUUUUGAGCAAAUGCUCAAAAUUUUUAAGGAGAUGCAAUCUGUAGUGGAUGCAAAACAUGACAAAAUUCAAAAGGAGUCUUUAGGUUCCAAGGUUGCAAUGGCCAUGUACUCUGUGUUUCAGAAGGGUACCAAUGUAGAGGAGUUGCAUCAGUCAGCUAAAGAAGUGUUCCAAAGUGCCCAUACACCAGUCAUCAUCUCUGCGCUAAACAGCAGUAACAUCCUUGGGAGUUUGGAAUCUUCUCUUUCACACUUGAUGAAAUUCCCCAUCAUGAAUCUUCAAUUAAGUGACUUCUAUACAGAAGACACCAAAGAGCAAUCAGAUGUCACCACAUCGGAGAGAACCAGGAGUCCAGAUUCUUCCAAAGUCACUAUGAUAGACACCUUGAAAAAACUGCAGGAUGCACUAAAAACUGAGGAUUCCAAAAAUCCCAUAGAGUCAGCAGCAGAUUUGUUGGAACAAAUUGUCAAGGCUAUGGGACCAAUCUUAGAGAUUCUCCAAAAAGCCAUAAAGACUAUGGAAAUGAAUAUUUCUGUGUUUAAGAAAGCCAGUGACAAGUAGGGAUACAACAGAGCUGUUCAUUUCUGUCAGAAAACUAAUUCAAAUCUUAUGGUUUUCAUGGCGGUUUGUAAGAUCUUUUGGUGCCAAACAUGGUAUGUUAGAACAUAGUACACGAAAGUCAUCUGGCAAAACAUUUACCUGUAGUUUUGCUUUAUUAAAAUAAAAAUAAAUAAUUCAGAAA